AUGAACUGUACUUUUCGGAGACCGGCCGCGUCUCUUGUCCGAGCAUGUAAGGCACCGACUAGCCCUCGACCCUCUACGGUCGUCUCGCCAUCUUGCGCCGUGCCGUCAUGGACCCGGAGAUCCUACGCCUUCACGUCCGCGGGGGCUCCCAUCCACCAAGUCUUUAACCGUCGCACGAAAUGGCUGCAAAAGGAGCGCGCCGCCUCCAACCUCGAGCAGAGCCGCACGGCCGACUACCUCAAGGACGAGGUGGCCAGGCGCCUCUGCGAGCGGCUUCUCGAUAUCAAGCGCAACUAUCCAAAGGUUCUCGACGUUGGCGCAAACUCGUGCAACAUUGCUCGUGCGCUCGUCGCCCCUGAUCUGGAACAGGACCCCAACAUGCCCGAGUCGACGCCCUUGGUCUCCCGGGUGGGCCAUCUCACGGCCGCCGAGUCUUCCGAGUCGCUCCUCUUCCGGGAUGCCGAGCUGGACUUCAACAAGGAAAUCAACAUGACGAGGGAGAUUUUACAAGACGAGGAGACACUGCCAUUCGAGCCCAACUCCUUCGAUCUAGUGCUCAGCUCCAUGAGUCUGCACUGGAUCAAUGAUCUCGUGGGGCUCCUCGCGCAAAUGAACAACGUCCUCAAGCCCGACUGUGCAUUUAUGGGUGCCAUGCUUGGCGGAGAUACUCUGUUUGAGCUGCGCACAUCGUUGCAACUCGCAGAGCAAGAGCGACGUGGCGGAAUCGGGCCCCAUGUCAGUCCUCUAGCAGACGUGCGCGACGUUGGUGGUCUACUGCAACGCGUCGGCUUCAAGAUGGUCGGCGUGGAUGUCGACGAUAUUAUCGUUGAUUUUCCCGACAUCUUUGCCCUGAUGCAGGAUCUGCAAGCAAUGGGCGAGGGCAAUGCUGUUCUCGGGCGUGAGAUGGGUCCUAUAGGGCGAGAUGUCUUGUUAGCUGCCGAUGCCAUCUAUCGUGAGCUGCAUGGCAACGAGGACGGCACAAUUCCGGCCACAUUCAGAAUGAUUUACAUGAUCGGCUGGAAGGAGUCUGCGGACCAGGCACAGCCGCUUGCCCGAGGUAGUGGCCAGAUCAACCUUAAAGAUAUUUUAGAAAACAAAUAA